AUGCCCCUCGACACAUCGACCUACGACCUCGCCCUGCUGCGGGUCGACGGCCGCCGCUGGAAUGAGCUGCGCCGCCUGGACGGCCAGAUCCGUACCCAGGCCGCCGCCGACGGCUCCUCAUACCUCGAGAUGGGCAACACCAAGGUUAUGUGCGUUGUCUCGGGUCCCAGCGAGGACAAGCGCCGCGGCCAGACUUCCGCAUCGACCGCCACGGGCUCCAAUGCCGCCGAUGUCGCCGUGAGUGUCGUCGUGGCCGGGUUUAGCUCCGUGGAUCGCAAGAAGAGGGGGCGUGGUGACAAACGCAUACAAGAACUGCAGACCACCAUCUCGAAAGCGCUUGCAUCUAACCUGCACACGCACCUGUACCCACGCUCGACCAUCUCCAUUUCCCUCAACGUGCUCUCCCAGGAUGGUUCUCUCCUCGCUGCGCUCAUCAAUGCCUCCACCCUCGCGCUCAUCGACGCCGGAAUUCCCAUGACCGACUACCUUGUCGCCUGCACCGCGGGCAGUACAUCAUCGUACGCGGCCAACGACGACCGCGCCGACCCACUCGUUGACCUGAACAACCAGGAGGAGCAAGAGCUGCCGUUCCUGACCAUGGCCACGUUGGGCGCUACAGACAAGGUGGCGGUCUUGGUCUGCGAAAGCAGAGUCCAGGUUAGUCGUCUCGAGGGCAUGAUGGCUGCCGCCGCCGACGCGUGUAAGGGUGUCCGCGAUUUCUUGGAUCAGGUCAUCAGGGAGAAGGGACAUAAGAUGGUGACCGAGGGUACGAUCGAGAAGGGGGCUAGUAUGGCCAUUGAAAUUGAUGCUUAG